CAGAAUUGAUUGCCGCGCAUGGCAACUGAAGGAAAAGAACGAUAUUUCUACUCCGGAGUAUUCCCGGUCUAAUGGCAGUCCGUGUCGGUCCGCGAUUUUGUUAGGUUAGCGCUAGCGUUAGGUAAAUAAAUAAAUAAAAUGAUUCAGGGAUAUGGACCUGUUAUGCAGGCAUUCCUAGGUACCCUUUUCACCUGGGGAUUGACCGCUGCAGGUGCUGCUGUUGUGAUUUUCAUUCAGGGUUCGCAGCGAAAACUACUCGAUGCAAGUUUAGGAUUUGCUGCGGGGGUAAUGACAGCAGCAUCAUUCUGGUCGCUACUUGCCCCUGCCAUUGAAAUGGCUGUCGAUUCAAAAUUUUAUGGAUUGAACGGGGAAUAUGCCUUUGCCCCUGUGAGCCUGGGGUUUCUGUUAGGGGCCCUUUUUGUUUAUAGCACAGAUGUUCUCAUUACGUACCUAGGAAUAAGUUCACCAAAUGUAAUGCUAGCGCUAAACUCGUCGUCCCUUCCUCGUAAAGAUAGGAGAAACAGUAUAAUGAGAGGAUCCCACUAUGUUUUACCGGACACGACUGCCAUUGACGGGUUUCCAGAUGCUGGAGGUGUUCUUCAACGUCGAAGGGUAGGUACACCGAAAAAUACUUCUCGAAGUAUUGAACAAGAAGUUUCUAAACAGAGUUUCGAGGAUGCCUCUGUUAUUGAAGAGAUACAACACGGCCAAUGGAAGAGGAUCCUUCUCCUUGUGAUAGCCAUCACUGUUCACAAUAUACCAGAAGGUUUGGCCGUGGGUGUUGAUUUUGCUGCCAUUGGUAGUUCUCCCUCUGCCACGUUCGAGAAUGCCAGAAAUCUUGCUAUUGGUAUAGGCAUCCAGAACUUCCCUGAAGGACUAGCUGUCGCAUUACCACUGCAAGCUUCCGGAUUCUCCACGUGGAAGAGUUUAUGGUACGGUCAGCUCAGCGGCAUGGUAGAACCGAUCUUCGGAGUAUUGGGAGCCUUGGCCGUUGCUUAUGCGAGACCUGCACUUCCCUACGCGUUGGCCUUUGCAGCAGGGGCAAUGAUAUACGUUGUGAUAGACGACAUCAUACCAGAAGCCAACACAAAUGGCAAUGGAAAACUAGCCACCUGGAGCGCAAUGAUAGGAUUCUUAGUCAUGAUGUCUCUUGACGUUGGAUUAGGAUAAGUUUGUUCAAGAUGCUUUCAUCAAGAUGGGCAUAUGGGUCAUUAAGAAUGACGAGAGAAUCAAGAAGAAUUUUCCUACAAUGAAUAUAAUUUAGU